UCUCACCACCCAAUCCCCACCUUGAGCCGUCGACGGCGGAGCUCCGGCGAACCCACGGCGGCGAGCCGGCGAACCUAUCCUGUUUGUCGAGUUUACGAGCCAAUGCAAAAUCCAAUCCACGUAUGAUAUUUUGAGCCGCCCUCGCCUCCCCUUUUACCCUAGGCGACACUAGAAGCUCCGGCGCCGGCGCCGGCAUGGAAGCUUCACAGACGAGUGGCACGAGGAGGGCAGCAGGGCGGCCCAAGAUCGGCGACCUGGCGACCAGCGACGUGGUGGUGCGGCUGCGGACGCCGGAGGGCCGCGACGAGUGGCUCUACUGCCACUCCGCCGUGCUCGCCGCCGGGAGCAAGUACUUCGCCGACCGCCUCUCCGACGACUGGCCCACGUGCCAGAUCCUCGGCUCGCGCUACUGCGUCGAGGUCUACUGCCAGGAGCUGGACCUCAGCUCCCACGUCACCGCGCUCCGCCUCCUCUACGCCGCGGAGCCGUGCUCCCGGUUCGGCGUGCGCGGCGCGCUCGGGGUUCUCCAGGCCGCCGUGCACCUCGGCUGCGCUCGGAUCGCCGCCGCUUGCGUCGACUACCUGGAGUCCGCGCCGUGGGACGAGGCCGACGAGGAGGAGAUCCUGAGGACCAUCCCUUGCCUCGGCCCGCAGUACGACUGCGUCCUCGCGCGCCUCCGGCCAAUCGAUCCGGCGCCGGUGACCAGCAUCUUCCUGUCGGCGUUCCGGCACGCGACGUCAAUGCACUCGGCGCCGGAGCUCAAAUCUGCAGCUCAGGAGCAGCUGGAGUAUAUGCUCACCGAAGACGACGACGCGCCAUUGUUAGUCUUUGACGACGACAUUGUCAAGUCCCAAGUGAAGGAUUGCGUUUCAGGUUUGCUGAACAGGUUCGGUGCUUUCAUGAGUGCAAUCCUGAUGAAACCAAAAGAGGCGCCUUUAGGCCGCGACGACGGCGGACUUCAGCAGGAGUUGCAUUCUUUUGUUUCUGAUAUCUCCUGGGCCUGUCAGAUCUUGAGCAAGCUCGAGAUGAUGAAGUGUGUUGUUGUUUACUGGACUGGGGUUUCGUCCGAUGUCGUCGAAGCUGUCGACGUUGUGUGCGUGGGAAUUGACUGCCUGAAGACUAUAUUGAAGGUAAUAGAGGUGUCUGCAAAGGUCCUGGAGGCGAUUGCAUUUGGCAAUAUUGUUCUCCCAACCGAGAAACGUUAUGAUGCUGUGAAUGUUUGGAUUGGCUUUGCACAGAGAGCAAAGCCUUUGGUUGAGCAGCCUGAACGUGACGAUGAAGACGGUGAUGCUGAAGCACCUAAAAUCAACCUAGAUAAUGAGGUCUGGCAGAGCCUGGAAUCAGCUAUUGUUUCAAUUGUGCUAACGCUACCGUCAAACAAUCAAGCUGACAUUUUAUCAGAUUGGCUUCUGUCAAAGCAUGCUAAAUAUCCGGACUUGACAGAGGCUUUUGAAGUAUGGUGUUACAGAUCAAAAGUUGCUAAACGUAGGCUCUCCUUCUUGGACCACGCCAAUAGGUUAUCUUGAUUCUUCACUUGUUCUUCAAAACCAAACACAGGGAACAUGCUCUAGCUGUUGUACUCUCUUAUUAUAGGAAGCACAAAGUGCCUUUGACUGACAUAAAAUAUCAUGAAAUUCCAAUUACUCCUUACUUUUAUAACUGUUUCUAUCAGAGUGCUAGAGGGUAUCCAUAUGAAUUUAAUACAAUGUUCACAGCUGACGGGAUAUAGUAGCCAUUUGGACAAAUAUACAAGGUGCCGGACUGCCAUAACAGCUUGAUUGACAAACACCAGUGAGAAUACAUGUUAUCUGGGCAGGAGAAGUACCUUUAAAUCUUGUGUUGUAUGUAUUUUCUUAAGAUAUGAGGGUUCUGAUGUUAAGGUGGAUGAAUGCUGGGACAAAGGCUCUGGAAACACUGCUUAUAGAAUAACCUUUGGACAAACAGAACAUCAAGAAUGGGGUAAAGUUGUUGGAAAAACUGAACAUGGUACAUUUGAUUCGACUGAACAUAGCGAUCGGGUUUCUUGAGCAUUUGAUAAAAAUCAGAGGAUUUGGGUGCUUGUUGAAAGGUCCAGUCUCUUGAAGGAACUGAAGAGUGCAAAAAAGGAGAACAACUGCUUCAGCCUUCAGGGAAGAACAAAGGGAUAGGUCACGCAAGAUUCAAAUGGCGACGGAAAUACUGAAGACUGAACAAGCGUUGUGGAAGCAAGCCUUUGGUUGGCACCUGUAGAUCGACUUAGCUCUUGUAUUUUGUAACCUAUCUGAAAACUGAACAUGAGCAUCACCUUAACGGUUAUUCUGACAGUGAAUGUUGUAUAUUGGCACAUGGAGUUUCAGAUUACUUGUUUCCUGUUGAGCUAUUGUUAAUGGCAGAAUAACAACCAA